GGAGAAGAGAGGGCCCCCGCGCAGGCGCGCUUAUUGUUUUGACUGAAAAUGCCGUCGGUUUCGAAAACGGCGGCGAGCGCUUCUCCUCAAACCGAGAAACCAACCCACUAUACAUAUUUGAAGGAAUUCAGGACCGAGCAGUGCCCGCUGUUUCUGCAGCACAAAUGCACGCAGCAUAGACCCUUUACGUGCUUUCAUUGGCAUUUCCUAAACCAGCGAAGACGGAGGCCGAUCAGAAGAAGGGAUGGGACUUUUAACUACAGCCCCGAUGUGUACUGCACGAAGUACGACGAAACAACAGGCAUAUGUCCCGACGGAGACGACUGCCCUUACUUGCACCGGACCACUGGUGACACAGAGCGCAAGUACCACUUGCGCUACUAUAAGACUGGCACCUGCAUCCAUGAGACAGAUGCCCGGGGGCACUGUGUGAAAAACGGCCUCCACUGCGCCUUUGCUCAUGGCCCCCAUGACCUCCGGCCGCCAGUCUAUGACAUUAGAGAGAUCCAAGCACAGGAGGCUUUGCAGAACGGCCAGUUAGGCUCUGGAGAGGGGAUCCCGGAUCUACAGCCAGGAGUUCUGGCCAGCCAGGCCAUGAUCGAGAAGACACUUAUUGAGGACCCACGUUGGCAGGACACCAAUUUUGUUUUGGCCAACUACAAAACAGAGCAAUGCACCAAGCCACCGCGUCUAUGCAGACAAGGCUACGCCUGCCCCCAUUACCAUAACAGUCGAGAUAGAAGAAGAAAUCCCCGCAAGUUCAAAUACAGGUCAACUCCAUGUCCGAGUGUAAAGCAUGGUGAUGAAUGGGGAGAACCGUCAAAGUGUGAGAGCGGGGAUAGCUGUCAGUACUGCCACUCUCGCACUGAGCAGCAGUUUCACCCAGAGAUAUACAAGUCUACAAAAUGCAACGACAUGAGGCAAACUGGAUAUUGUCCGAGGGGGCCAUUUUGUGCUUUUGCACAUGUAGAAAGGAUUCCAUCUACAGAUGAGACCAUGAGCACUCUGCUCACAGCGAUGCAGUCUGGCUCUCAGGCCAAGCUGGGCUCCCAGCAGUAUCCCGAGUGUCCCAUCAGUGAGUUGGGUGGCACCACAAAUUCCAUCACCAGCAACGUGAGCAACAACGGCCAAGCAGCAAACGUGUCAUGCUCUAAUAGUCCAACUGUAACGCCAAGCUCAGGAAGCACCAGUUCAUUGUCCCCAAUUGGACCCAUCGGCAGGCCCAAAAGCUUUACUAAUGGUAGCUUAUGUUCAGAGUCCACCACGUCCAGUGUUUCCUCUCCGACGUCUAACUAUCCCAAAGCUCCGGGCUUUGAACGCGAGGAUCAGGCAAAGAACCAGAAAGGCCUGUCUGGAGACAAUAGUCAAAAGUUAAUGGACCAAGACAAACAGAGCCACAGUGGCAUGUUCUCUGUGGUGAACCCACUCGCGUCCAGCAUAACAUCGAGCAUCACCUCAAGCUUGGCCUCCAGCAUCGGCUCUGACAGCUCUUCACCCACCACCUUAUCAACCAUGAAUGCAAAAGCCACCCCUUUCUAUCCAGGGAGCAAUACCGUUGAGUCAGUAAUAGGGUCUGCACUUGACCUGAAUUUCAGUGACAUUAAUGUUGCCUCCCUUGAGAAAGAGCUAGAGGACCAAGACAAUAAUGGCCUUGGUUUAACAAGUCAAAGGUUGUUAGGAGGCUCCGCGCCUGUCAACAUUCCUGGCUCCCUGGCACGGUCUUCCUCUCUGCAUUCCUCCUCCUCGCUGUCCGCCUCCCCUCUCAGCUCUCUAUCCCAGUCCCUGUCCCAAUCCCUGCUCACUGGAAUGGCCCCUCAGCAGAACCAGCCUCAGGCAGUCAAAACUGAGCAUGGCCUUCUAGGGACACCAACAUCCACCCAAAACUCUUUAGGUUUGAACGGCGGAGCCGGAAGCAUUUGGGACUUUGUGAGUGGCAGCCUCUCCCCCAGCCCUUCUCCUGUGUUUAGCAGCCUUAGCUCCAGCAUGGUCAGCUCCAGCAGUGCUGACCUGGGCCGCCUGCUCCGGGAACUGGAUGAGGCUAAGCGGAAGAUCAAGCAGUGGGAGGACGCCUGGCACCAGGUCAAACAGGCAUGCGAGGUGUGGCAGAAAGAUGCCCAAGAGGCGAAAGAGCAAGCAAAGUCGGCUGAGGCGGAGCGGCAGCUGGCCGAGCAGAAACGCGAAGACACCGAGCGCAAGCUCAAGGAGCUGCAGGGCGACUUUGACAUGCUUUGCCGCUCCCCCAACAUGCCUCUCCUGCGCAACUAUGGGGACCUGGACCAGCUUCCACUUGCAAAGCUCCACUCCAUUCAGAGCCAGCUGCGCUCUGAUCUAGACCUCAUAGACGGGGUAAGAAGGGCGCGGUCCCAGCCGACACAUUUACCAUGUCACAUUUACACACACGGCAGUUAGAUUGGAGUUGUCCUCGUUAAGCACAGCCAGGGCUACAGAAUAGCAUGUGCUUUCACCUCCAUAUCUGUCAACAGUGCAUGUGUCACACUGAACGGUACUGACUGCACUAACAUGUGACUGAUAUGAAUUCUUCUUUUUCUCAACACAGGUAAUAUAUCAGCUUCAGUCAAAGAAAUGUAUAGUUUGCCAAAAGCAUGAUCGUUGUAUUGUCCUGCAGCCUUGCCAACAUUAUGUACUUUGUGAAAACUGUGCACCUAGUAAAACAGAAUGUCCUUACUGUAAGACAAAAAUAUUGAAGUGGUGAUGUACAGCUAUUCAAGGUACUAUUUAAAGAUAUAGCCCUUUGAAGAACUACUAAUACAUAUAAUGCUUACAGUUUCUACAUAGCAUUUUUGUGUUUCAGUAUUUCAUAUAGUGAUUAAAAUUGAUAGUUUUAUUAGAAUCUAAUAAAUGGUGUUUGACUGAUAUAUAAAUCAAGUACUUAAAAUGCAAUACAUGUUUUGUACUAGCUAGUUAAUUCAUUUUCAGCAAGCAUUACAGUUUCCCCAGAAGAACCGUCUUGGCAUUCAUAAUCUGAUGGCCCUGAUUUGACUGUUAAGUUCAGAAGCGUCAGUCAAACAUCAUUGUUGCUACUAGCUGUGUGAAGAGAAUUGAUUUCUUGUUAAAAAGCACUUUGUUGACCUGGAAAUUUGUCAAAAGGGUAUUUUAGAAAUUUUGCUUUAAGCUGCUUUUGUUUUUUUUUGUUUUUUUGUUUUGUUUUGUUUUUUAAGAUUUUUUUUUUCCCAGAUACGCUAAUGUAUGAAGCUUUUUGUGUGUACUGUGAAACAUAGUAGAAUAUUUCAUAUUUCUUACUGUUAAAAUCAUGAUAUAGUAUAUUGUUAGUUUUUUGUAUAAAAUAGUACUAAAUGGUAGUUACUACUUUUCAUUGUUACUUUCAUUUUUCAAUCAAAAUAAGUGCAAACUUUGAAUGCAUUUUAGGUAUAACCAGCAGCUGUAAUAUCAGUAAGGCACAUACUGUAUGCUAAGGCAUUUAGUAAGUUCUCUGUAUUUUAGUGAUUUAUUGAGUAAUACAUUAUGUAGUUGUUUAAAGGAGCACAUGUGUUCUGAAGUCCUCGGAGACACGCUGACUUUUGUAGGACUUCUAGCCUUUCGGAUAUGUUUGCUAGAACGUGUCCGAUUCUCGGCCACUCGCUCUCAAGUGCCUUGCCUAAUAGAAUACUUUAAGCGUCUAUGAGGAGCUUAGGAUUGUAGUGCAAACACCCACAGGUAGUCUGUGCUUGUGCAAAACGUUCUGCAAAGUAUGUAUUUCUCAUUGCUCUCUUUUUCACGUUGUGAGCGUUUACCGGCCCAAUUCUAUACAAAAGUGUUUCCUGAAUAUUGAAUCAUGGUCAGUGCCUGUGCUCUGACACUAAGCUUAAGUCUUCUGUCCCCAUUCCUCACGUCUCCAUGAGCAAUGGUGCUUUUUUGGGUGCAGCUUCGGUAUCCUUAGAAAUGUUGAAUCAUCUUUGAUUUAAACGUUUAAGAACAUACAAAUCAGGAAAUAAAUGUGUGUAUUUCUUUGAUUUACAAAUUUAAAACUGGCUCUCUUUCUACAUUGUUUUUGUAAUGUUUAGAAUUGUAGUGCUCUGUAGUGUUUACAGAUAAACAAAUCCAUUGUGUUUAACUAUUGUUUUAAAAUUUUUCUUUCCAAAUUCGACAGUGUAAUGUGCUUAGGUUAAUCUAAUUGAAAUGACCUACUACUGUGUUAUCUGAACUAGAUUUCUUUUUUUUUCAUUCUUUUUUCUUUUUGUUUUCUUUCUUUUCUGGUCCUUUAAUAUUACAGCAAUGAGUUUGUGCGUUAAACAGUCAGGUACACACAAAUGCAAGUUUCUUUGACAUUGGGAUAAGUGUUUUACUUCUAAAGGGAUAGUGAUUCAGGAUCUAAAGGCCCAGACCUAAGUAGUUUAUUUCAGAUCUCUGAAGAGCAGGAAGUGUAUAUAUUGUUUCUCUUUGUCUUGCUAUUUUAUUUUCCCUUUUGAUUCUUUCUUCUGUGUUGGUAUUUAAAUCAACGAGGUCUGUAUGUAACUCAUGAGGCUCAGUACGCCGUAGAAAAACAAUCAUUGCAUGUCUCGGUGUAAGUGGUGUUAACCAGCUAAAAGUCUAAAUCACACUGCCAGAUGUGUUGGUGUUGAGCUGCCGAGGCCAGGCACUGAGCCGGCGUCGCAGCUGACAGCACUGAGGUAUUUCUAUAAUUCUUUACAAUACUUCAAAAGCUUUGAACUGUGUGAUUAUCCAUUUUUUUCGGAAUUAAGGGGACGUGGUUGACGUGAGUAUGUCCGAAACAGUUGUUUUGGAUCACACUGUAGUAUUGUAAUGUUUCGUACACUCUGGUGUUCAAGAAACUUUUUUGUGUUAGGUAUUUCAUUUUAGGGAUGGUUGACAGUUUCGUCUUUUUCGGAUGUCAAUGGCUGUUGUGGGAAUAUGUCCUCUUGUUGGGUUCCUGGACCACAUUGUAGGAUUUAGUUAAAGUAAAUGAUGCGAUUGCUGCGUCUGGAAUGUGGCAGGUAAUUUACAGAAAAAAAAGAGAACAUGGACUUGACUCAAAUGAACCAAAGUGUUAAUGUAGUUUCUUCUUGUUUUCACUUUCAGAGUUCAAAUUAUAAAUGAUUUAGAAUUACUAUGACAGUCUUUUCAAUGUUUAAUUUGACAGGAAAACUAUGCCAACUGCUUUUGCUGACAAUAUUAAUGGAUUUAAAGCUUGUUUUGUAGUUUUACCAAAGACCUUUACUGUUUUUUCUUGUUUUUUCCCCUUUUUUAUUUUUUAUAAAUAUUUCAUUUUAGCACUCAAGUGAAUUGGUUAGAUGUCUGAUUUAAAAAAAUGACCAAAACUAGUACCUUAAUUAUACUGAUCUGUGCAUUUAAAAUAACUAAUGGUAUAAAAGUCGUAAUCUUCAGCCUUUUUUUUUUUUUCUUUUUUUUUCUUCAGUGAAAAUGACAGUAACAUACUAGUAUUGAAUUGGCUGUUAUCUGUAGUGAAGGAAUGUCAUGGAUAUGAAUGAAAUUUGUGUUUAUAUUCUUAAGUGGCCAUAUGAAUUAGUGCUUAUUUGAAGUAUAUCAUUUCUUUUUUAUGCUAAUAGUACUUUAUAGUAAAAUUCUUAAAUCAGUUUUGAAAUAUUAGUGGUUGUGCACUACUUGUAUGCUGUCAGGAAUUUAAGAGUGUACUUGGACUGUAAGGUGCUUUCUUUAGUUUCCAUUUGACUGGUGUUCGUCACUCAUUUUCAUGUUAAAAAAUUAUACAUGGAGUGUGAUCCAUGUUAUUCGAACUACCUUUUCUUGUGUCAAAACUGUAUAGUACGGUUUUAAUAUUUCAUAUAUAUAUAUAUAUAUAUAUAUAUAUAUAUAUAUAUAUAUAUAUAUAUAUAUAUAUAUAUAUAUAUAUAUAUAUAAAUAACAUAAACAAUUUGUUCUAAAGUUAAAGGGGGCUCUUGUAUAGCUCUUAAUGGCUGAUGCAGACAGUGGGCUUUGUUCAUCAAAAGAGCAUUGAAAUCAAAUUUUGGCCUUUAAUUGCACUUCAAUUGGCCGUUUUUGCAUGUUGUAUUACUGAAUCUCCAUGCUGUGAUUAAUUCACGUGUUUGUGGUUAUAUAUUUCAGAUUACUACUAGUUAGUGUCUUGCAGAAAUGAUAUUUGUGUAAGAAACAAAAUAUGAACAAAUUUGUGCCUUUGUGUAAAAAAUCUGUUUGUAGUAUUAUUUGAUUGAGUGGCUGUCUUCAAAAAUGAGCCAAAUUUUUGUGCCUUGGGACAUUUUAUUCCCGUAUUCCUUGAUGUGCAGGUGUCCUGCUGUAGAUUUCUACACAUUUUUAUUGUAUUAAUGACUACUUUCAUACCUUCAUCUUUUGGGAAGGUGCAGCUUUAAGCUUCCCAUUACAAAUAAGAAAGUGUCGCAAAUCGCUUGCACGAGCACUUAUUGGCAUGUUUUUCAGUACAAAUAAUGUAUUGCAGAAAACGAUCACAGCAUAUUACUCAAUUUGGAUAAUUUCAAGUAUGACAUUUCAGAUGACCUGAUUAGUCUGUGUCCAUCAUUAUGGUGAUUUUCUAUGUUGAUGUGUUUUUGUCAUGACUUUGUGUUAUGGACUAAUUUGUAAUAAAUGAAAACAUGAUGGAAAAAAAUAAAGUUUUGUAGGCGUUAGUGGUUAGACUCUCGCAAAGAAUUUCAAAAAGCUGAAAAAGUCAAUCGCAGGCAUGAAUGAAGACUUUUCUUCCGCUUGUGUCAUGUUUGUAGUCCCCUCACUUUAAAAAUCCCUAUGUCUGUGUCAGCCAUCACACCUUCUGUUCAAACCGCCUGUGUUAAUAAUGAUGAUAAUAAUUCUGUGUGAAAGGCCAGGCAACUGUUAUUAAAGAAAAGCACCAAGUAGAAAAGUUUGUUCUUUAGCAAUGUGUAAAUUAACUGUAAUGGAGAUGUACCAUAAUGCUCUGCAGUGGAAUAAUCUUUUUUGUGAAACUGUUUUCUUUUUGUUUGUUUGUUUAUUUUAUUUUCUAUCAAUAUUGUGAUUAUUGAACCUGAAGAUUUAUGCAAUCUUGUACAUACAUAUGUAUGAAUCUGGUUAAAUUUAGCAGGAUAGCUAGGAAAAAAUAAUAGCCUAUUACAACUGUAAACAUUUGUAGAAAACGGACAAAAAAGAUGCCAGAAUUGGAACCACUGUUCCACUGUUCAAGUAAUGUUAUGAUUAAUCCAACAUGGAAACCCUGAAUAUUGAAUGUACCGUUCAAAUUAAAUCUAAUAUGGGUCACUGGAAAGGAAAAAAAAUGGAGAGCAGUUGAUCUAUGAUGUAGCACUAGUUUUGUGAAUUGCGAUAAAUGACAAAUAAAUUUUUAAGUUAAACACAAAUGCAGUUUUCAAGUUUGUGUAUUUAUCAGUGUAAUGAUUAGAUGGGAAUAAGAGAUGUAUUUUCUCAGGGUUUUACAGGAUAACUAUAGAAUAAAGAGAUGUCCGAUUUUCAGAGGAAGCUGCAGCUCAGAUUUAUUUCCUUAAAAGGUCAGUAUGAGUGACCUUUUAUAAUGAAGAAACAUAUCCCUUAUUUUGGUACAGUAUGCAUUGAUAUAUAGAACAGCUUAUAUUCUAAUUAGUGUUUAACUAUACUAUACAAUUUGCUGUCAGUAUAAUACUUCGUGUAUGUGAUGUCUACACAAGACCUUAAAACAUUUACUUGGGAGUUCUCUUAAAAUUUAUGGAGGCUUCUUCAUGGAAUAGUUGAGUGCUUUGAUGGAAUAUAAGACCUGAAUGGAUUUAUCACUAAAAAUUUAAGUAAGACGGUAUUAUUUAUAAUGCAUAAUCUUUUAUUCAUAGUGUAUCAUUUAAAGUUGUUAACACUUGUGUACACUACAGCAGUUAUGCAAUGGUUUACAGAAUUCAUGGAAUUAUUUUUAUCAUAUUGGGAAUUAAAUAAUUUUUGAUCUUUAA